AUGCAUACUUGUGUUUUUCAGAUCAUCAUGGGACAUCUUGACUUUGCAAUGUAUCUAGCUCAUGUGUUUGUGAGCUGUGUUUCCGGAAGGAGACCAGUACCUAAUGAGAUCUCCCUCUUCAACACUGGAGCCAUUGCAACUUUAGCCUCAGGAAUUGAGUUCAACUUUUCAAAAUUUAUCCUACAUGAAUUGAUUCUCAACAUUGAGGCAAAUAAGAGGGACAGUGACCAAUCAGGAUCUGAAAGUGUCUCUAAGCCCACAGUAACCGAGGAUGUCGUGAUCUUGGUUUCAGAGCCUGGGAAUGAACAAGGUGAUGAGGAUUUAAAUGAAGAUGAUGAUUUCUUAAAAGAUUUGGAUUUUACUGGUAUCAACAACGACGACAUUCCUUCGAAUUUUGACCUUGAUCUAGAUGAUGAUGAAUUUGGUCCAUUACCAGGAUUCGAUGAUAGGCACUUUAGAAAGGUCAAUGAAGUUGCUCAACCAGCAACUAAGACUGGGGAUGAUGUUAAUGCUCUCAAGAUUCUGUUUUCUUCUUCAAAACCAAUGGAAUAUUCUUCAAGACUAAGAGAUGUGGUUUCAGGGAUUCCUCCCCUUGAUACUAAUGUCUCUACUUCUAUUCCAUCUCUGAGUGAACCGACAUAA